AUGCUGAAGGCCGAUGCCCACCUGAUAGGUGAUGAGGUAACUCUGAGGCUUGGGGCAACAGCUGCAAGAAGACGUUACCUGGAGUCCUUGUUCGUGAACACAUGUUCAUACAUCCAGCACCUGGAAUCCACCUUGAUUGGCCUGCAGAAAGACAAGCAGCUGCUUCUUAAACUCUGCACCUCUAUUUGGUGGAAACGUUGCUCAAUAGGAAGGGAUGCAAUAUUUCGAGCAACAACACCAAAGCAAUGUGCCAUUUUAGCAACAAAGGCACAAGAGAAUAUGGCAAAGGAGUCGUUGGAAAACAUUUUAAAUGCAAUCUUACCUCCAAUUGAAUGGACGGAGGGUGGACAUCUGUGGAUUCAAAAUGUAUCUACCACUCCAGCUACCCGAAUGGACGUGAUUAAUUUGCAGGACCAUCUGGACAGGAAAUUGCAACAGAGGCAAGCUCGUGUGACUGGCAUCUGUCCCAUUCGAAGGGAAUUAUAUGCACAGUGUUUUGAUGAAAUCAUUCGGCAAGUCACCAUUAACUGUCCAGAAAGGGGGUUGUUACUGCUUAGAAUUCGCAAUGAGAUACUUAUGACCUUUGCAGCCUAUAAUACUCUGUACGAAAGCAGUACAGCAUUUGGCUUAAGGAAGGCUCUACAGGGAGACCUAGGGAAGCUUAAGUUGGUCAAUAAGGUUUCUACUGUUGAGCUUGAAAAACGCAAUCUUGAAGCUGAAUAUUUGGACCUAAAGGCCAAAUUUGAAGCAGCAGAGAAACGAACAGGAGAGAAGAGAGACCUUGAUGAAAAGAAACAUGCGGAAGAAAUUAAUUUCCUUAAAAAUACUAAUCGGCAGCUGAAGAUGCAGCUUGAAGGUGUUAUUGCCUCCAAGAAGUGA